UUCUUGAAGAUGCAUUUAUUAUGAAUGAAUUUUUUAUGGUACAAAAUGAAAAUGGUACAUAUGUACACGUCCUUGCUUUCAACGUAUAGCAAUAUCCUGACGCACUUGCAUACACACGCUAAUACAGAAUGCACCUUCAAAUACACACUGAGAGAUAAAGUGGACUCGAUGAGUGAAAUAAGUAAUCAUGACGACACACUGGUGUUAAACAAAUAAUAUAUGAGGUACGCUGGCCGCUUGUAAUUCAGCGGUGGUCCCAAUAGGUAGAAAUGCCGCUAAGCACGCGCGUUAAAGCGCCCCAUCCUGGCCAUGCGACACCAUGGCACAGUACUUCGCGACAGGCGGAAAGCGAGGACAUGAGUCCGACCGGAUGAUGACGUCAUGCAUGCACGUCCGCUGAGGUUUCUCCUGUCAAAACAUGUACAACCGUUCGGUUCCUAUGUAUAUGAUCAGGCUUUCACGCUUUCCGACGAUUACUAAAUUACAACAGCGGCUGCAACGGUCACUGCGCGUUCCCGACGCGCCAUGUCAGCCUUCCGACAAGCCUGUCGAAAGUACAGUGCGCCUCCAGCCCUCAUUGUUGCUUUCAGCAUCACGAAUGGCUUGAAAGCGAUAACUUUUGAACGCUGUUUUACCAGAUCUACAAUUAAUGCACAACGAGUUCGCUGCAUCCUUCACAUAAUUUUCAGACUCGGGCCACUGCACGUGUGCCACUGCGUAGGUACACUGAUUCCUGGGGAGUCCUCCAGAAUGGACGGGGCCUGCUGUAGCUGUGCAGACUGCAGAGCGCAGUGGAGCCCAGCAUGCCGACCAUCGGCGCUGACCGUGGAUUCAUGGCCACCGCCAACGGGCUCCUGAGGAUAGCCGAGAUCAUCUUGGGCCUGUGCGGGCUCAUCUGCAUCGAGUCACUCAGCGGCGAGUGUUAUUACGCCUACCUACACCGCUACGAGUUCAGCCUGUUCGUGGUCAUCACGUCGUUCCUGUUCGCUUUCUUCAUCAUCAUGGUGUUCGUGCUACGCGCCCAGGAGGCCCUGGCCAGAUGCUUCAACGUCCCACUCUCCCUACUGGUGAGCGACAGCUUCAUCGCUCUGUUCUACCUGAUCGUUUGCCUGCUCGAGUUCACUGCUUUCUGCCCAGAUCCAGAUGACAAUGCAUCGACCAAAGUCGCUGGGGUGUUCGCCAUGUUCGCCAUGAUGUGCUUCGUGGUCUCCUCCUAUUUCUCGUACAAGUUCUUCCAAGAGGAGAGGCUACCCGCACUGCCGCCGCCAGGCCUGCACUCGGUCACCGUCACGCAGGUGCUGCCCAAGUAGCCACGCCGUCGUCUCUGCCGUGGCCCGAUCACGCCGGCAGACUCUUGAGCAACUUCGCACCUGCGCGGAAUGAGAAACGUUGCCGUCUUGGAUGAGGACCACUUCAGCUGUUCCUGCGCCUUGCACACCUUCGGGCGAAGCAUGGGGCACCGGGUGGGAAACGCUCGCGAUACACGCGUGUCGGAGUGUGUGAUAGUCCCAACGUGGCAAGCCCGGAAUGGUCCGCUCCCCCCGCCGUCUGAUGGGAGAAGCGUCGGCCAGACAAAAGUGGGGAGUUUGACCCGUUUAUUGUGCACAUAGACACCGCUUUGGUAUAAUCUCUCCAAACAUCGUAAGGGAAUGAGGCCUUGUUUAUCGGCGAUUCUUUUGUUUUUUGUUUUUUUUUAACCCAUCUUUCCAGCCAAGUAUGGCCCGCAUUAGCGCUGCUGUUUUCGUUCGCUUGAGCCGCAUAGCAGCAAUCAACUGCGCCACCAGUUUGGGCGUAAGUGGUAUGUGCAGAUUCGGAAAAUUCAAAAACAAGCCCCUGAUGCACAUGAUAUUUAAUGCUGUGACAUUUCUCAUUUUCCCCUGACAUAUUCGUCCCAUAAUGCAGCGAACAAGCUUCAAAAUUUCAUCCACUGAGCCCAAGUGACAAAUGGACUCAUCAUCUUGUCACCUUCCACUACAGUAUAAUUCAUCUAGACCUCUCGUCCAGAAACAAACAUGUCCCAGUAAUGUGUACUUCACGCACACCGUAACGGCAGCUAUGCCCCGUGAUGUUUCCACGAAGCAUUGUACAUUAGUGAAUGGAACAACGGGUGAAAACGGCAUAAUGUCAAGUGGCAGACAACAAAGUUCAAGUGAGUUAUUGUAAUUAUUUACAGCAGACGAUUCAGCAAACUAAUCCCACUGCGCUCAGGUCGAAUGUCGCGUAACCUGAAUGUACCAGAACAGAGAAGGAUGGAGCUGAGAGGUGGAGGAAAGGUUAUCUAAAUCCGAGCACGAGUUUUACAACAGCAGUCAUUCUCCAUGUUGGAAUAAGUUACUAAUAGGUGUUAUUGUCAGUUCUGUCACGUUUAUUCUUUAUCCACUUGAUAAUUAAGAACAUUGUUGAGGUCUAGGACAUGUUUUGUUUGUAUGUCAUUUCUGUGAGCGUUGCUUUCGCAAUAAGUGGCACGAUCCAUCCAGAGACAACUAAGAGGCGAAAGCCGAGCUCGUUGCUGCAAUACCUGCAACGGCUGAGUGGCGCACUUGCCUGUGAAGUGCUAGCAUCGUGCACAGCGUGGUCCUGUUGAGUCAACCUAAUCCGAACAAAGGGGUCUUUUCAUUGCGGGCGGAUGAAACCGCGGCACAGUUACAGCUAAGUUGGUGCGGGAAAGAUAUACUUUGCCAAGGAGUUAUAAGGUAGGAAACCUGGCCCCCGCUUCCGUAAGUCGAUCAGUUUGUUACGCUGCGUAUUUCUGUAUGAGGUAGCGCUGAUGUCACACACGACGUGGCGGCGAGGGAGCCAGGCUAUAGUGGGCUACUGCGGAAAGCUAGCGCGCAGGGGUUCGCGCGUGCAGGCGCUGACGUCAACGCGGAAGGGGGCGUCGUGCAAUGCGCGCGCUCCUGUCCAGGCUACAGUAGUUUGUGGGGCCUGAUGAAGCCGAAGCCACUGCUCUUGCGGGCCCAGUGUAAAUAGAAAUUUGUGCGCCCGUGUACGACAUGCGCACAUCUCGUACACAGACACUAAAAUUACGCAUGUCGCACAGACGCAUGUCGUACAGAGACGCACAUGUCGCACAUAACAUAGCGUCGCACAUCACUCGUGCGUCAAGGCUUGCCUGAGGGUGCAUCGAGUGAGGUUCUUGAGGUUGAUGGAGUGUCGACAAGAUAUACAGUGAAAGCUCGUUAAUUCGAACUUCAAUAAUUAGAAUUUACGGAUAAUUCGAACUGUACGAUUUGGUCCGGCCAAGCUCUACAGAAGUCUAUGUAUGAAAAAGUCCGUUAAUUCGAACGCGAGAAAGUUCCCUUACGGAUUAUUCGAACUACGCUCGCCUGGCACACGGCCAGAGAAGCGUGCCUACUGCCUACACACAAGGCUGUAUUGCCUCCGAGACGAAGAGAACGGCGAGAGAAGGCAAAAUCGGAAAAAAAUCUAACCGACGCGGGGUCAGCCAGAAGGCAGCAGCGGCUGCCGCCUCUCCGUUCUACGUAACCUCCGAGACUUCUUGCCCAUUGCGAAUCUCGGAGGCUUUGCAAAUCUUGUACAGCUGCUAAUGUUGUGCGGAGAUGGCACGGCAAGCUCCAAAACACAGCGAAUCAAGUACGUCGCAGCGCGCUUGCAAUCAAGAACCAACGAAUCAGGGCCUUCGCCACCUUCACACGUUCAGCGUCUUUGUCUCGGCAGUCUUCAUCGGUUGUGCAUCUCUGUUUUCAGCUUAGGAGGUAUCGGCCGUCGCGAUUCAUUGUGAUGGUGUUAAGCCUCGGCUAACGUUCGUUUCGGUGGACAUCGGUGGUGUGGCACAGUCGGACCCAGAGCUUCGACUUGAAGAUGGCGUGUGCCCGCGGCACACGCCAUCACUUUCUGACACGCCAAAUUUCUGACAUGCCCUACUCCUUCCAAAUCGCAGUUUACUGUUGCCCUCCUUCACUUUCGUUAGUUCGAACUUUCGUUAAUUCGAACUGAAGCGGCUUCCCCUUGCGGUUCGAAUUAACGAGCUUUUACUGUAAUGGAUAUAGAUAAAGGAAUUUGAUUACAGAAGCACUACGCAGUGCAUGAGGGAGGGAUUGAGUUCUUACAUGACUCGUCUGAGGUACGUACGUGAUUAAGCUAUCAUCAGAAAGUGUGUUGCUUGUCCUCUGUUGGAUAUUAGAUCAUCCAAAAAUAUAUCAGCAUGCUGUUUUCUCGCACGAAAGUCAAGGGUGUCGCUCAGCCUACAACCUACUAUCUGAAGCCGUGCUCAUUAUUACUGCUCUAAAAAAAACAUAUUUUUUUUUAAUUUUCUUGCACCGAGUGAAGCGUCCAUUGUGAUGCGAUAUUGACCUACAUCUAUCAUCUCACGAACUUCGUUCAGUGCAACGAUACCUAUAGCUUCGUUUACAUGAAAUCCACGCGAAUGGAUCGAGUCAAAAGUCAAGCUGACAAGUCUCUCGCGGCCAGGUUUACACGCAUUUUCUAAGGGGGGUGAGCGAGUAAACCCCAAUGCAGGCGGGUUGGCAGAACUUCGCCUCGACGUUCGAUCAGCUCGAGCCGCUAGCGUUUACACGAACCCGAAGACCGGAUGCCGGCCCGACAAGGACACGCGACUCGACCUUAUCACGUUCAUUUAAACGGAGCUCAUGUCUCCUCCAUUGUCCACCUCUGAUCGCCCUCCAUGCAACGCCGACUAAAUGAAAACGGUCACAGAAAGAUUUGCAGCGCACAAUGGCCGAGUCCUCCCCCAAUCCCUGAAACACGCUGCCAGUAUUUGUUACUGAUUGGUUGAAACGAGCUCGGCUUCGCUGCAGUGCAAGGAGACGCGCGAGACAGAGUGUAGCUGUUGUGCUUCUUUGUAAUGAACAUUGUCAAGUGUGGUGGGUGACUUCUGGUAGUCCAGAGGACAUGGCUCCUGUGGCUUCUUGUCGUUCCCGAGUUAUGUGGAAAAUCACGUCAUGGGUAUACGUUAUGAGUGAAUGAAAAUUGUGUCCCCAUUGGUGUCUACGUGGGGGAAAAAGGACAGAACCACUCGAAAGAUUAACUAUGUGACAAAAGCGCAGAGACUGCAUGGAACAUGCCUGUACAACCACAAGUCUGUCCCUGACUACCGAAGUGAUGAACGUUUCUGGGACUGUCUUGAUCCAGUUUUAUUGUUUCAAGUGGCUUGAAUGGGUUUCGCCUGUCUUCAGCACGUCAUGUCGGAGGGGUGCAACGUGAAUUGAUUCUCUGUGGUGUUUAUGAAUAUGCAGCAGAGACCAACGUACGUGAAUAGCGCUGACGGACGUAUGCGUAAAGAUGAACGCAGAGAGAAGGAAGCAUGUUCAUUAUAACGUUCUUAGCGCUUAUAAGAAUGGGGCUGCCGGAAUCCUACCGACAAGCAGUGCAUCAAUCACUGCCGCAUUUCCCCUACACUGCUCCCUGUCCAGAUAACCACGCUUUUUGCAUACUUCUAUAGGCAUAGCUAGAAGCGCAACGUGCGUCACUAAGUUAGAGAUCUUAACACUAUGUGCUGAAUGUUCGUCCAUGUCAAACAAUCCUCAGCUUCUCUUGAAAGAGGCCUCUGGAAAAACUCCGUCGACACCCGCUCCCCCAAAAAGCUGAGAUAGAGGGCAUACUACAAACGGGGCCAAGAGAAAAACGUUUGUUUUACGACCACGAAGUGGUAUGCUCCAUGGAGGUUGAAUAACACACCACGAACGGACUAACAUUAUACAUUCAUAAAUACGUUCAUUCGUAAGCGAAGCAUGUAAGACGUAUUUAAUCAAAAUAAAAACAGAUACGAACGCGCAUGUGCGGAUAUCCAAGUGCUCAAUAAAAUGUUUGCAAUGCUUA